AUGGAUAACAUAACAUGGACUCAGCGACCGCCGUCUCCCACGCUGCGUGCGUUCGUCCUGCACAGCUUCAUCGUGCUCCUAGUCACCGGUCUCCUGCUCACUUGCGUCUUCGUCAGGAACCUCUCCACCAUUGAGAGCGUCGUCUCCCUCGGAGGUGACAACAAUAACCAUGGUGGCUUACUCCGUUAUACCUCCGGUAACGUUUUCUACUGCGACAGCAAGCAGUGUGACUACGAAGCUCGUUUUCUGAACUCCAGUGUGGACUGGAGCGUGAAUCCUUGCGACAACUUCUACAAGUUCGCCUGCGGCAGAUGGAAGAGUAGUCACCACAUGCCCAACUACACGGACGAGCGCUCUCUGUUUACCGUCCUCAAGCGAUCAAUCGACAUGGACAUUCUGAACAUCCUGAAUGCCACUGUUCUACCCGACGAACUGCAGACUCCAAACCAGAAGGCGGCGGGACUGCUCGGAGGCUGCAUCAAUACCAGAAUACUCAACCGACGAGGCGUUUCUCCUUUCGUGGCCCUGCUGGACCACUAUGGCAUCUCCGGUUGGCCUUACCUGGACGUCGGCCACGUGGAGCUGGCCUCCCUUUUGGGCGAACUCACCCGGCGCCUGCGCUUCUCCGCCUUCUUCUCCACCGCCGUGUCGGUGGACCCAAGAGACACCACCACGAGGAUCGUUCACCUGACAGAACCCGAGACACUAAUUUCCAAGGCCUACUUGCUGGAGCUCAAUGUGCUCGAACAAUACCGGGACCUGAUCUCUAGCGUGCUGCGGGUUUUCAAAGGCAGCGACGAAAAUGUCGUUAACAGCGUCAUCCACAUGGAGAUACAACUCGUCAUGGCUACGGAAUUAAAGUGGAAAUUAAAACGAAAGGAUGUGGUUAAAUUAUCUCUGAGCCGCCUACCUUGCUCUAAGAAGUGGAACUGGGUAGUCUUCAUCCGAACCAUACUGGGUGACAUCAUCGACGUGAGUAACGCAACCGAGGUGAUUGUCCGACGUCCAAAAUUCUUCACCAGACUGGCGGCAAUAUUCGACAAUACCACGAGGAAGACGAUUGUGGACUACGUGGGCUGGCGGCUCCUGGUGGCCUUCUCGCCGUUCCUGCCGGACGCGUUCCGACCACUGACGUCCCUCACGCUGCGCGGCAGCGUCAACCUGUUCGCGUCACCGCCGCGCUGGUACUCCUGCUACGAAACGGUGGCUCGCGUGAUGCAGUACGCGAUAUCGGCCGCCUACGCUCAUCGCUACCUCAAGGGCAAGGCCAGAGCCAUCAGGAGGGAUGUGAAGCAGAAGUACACCCUCAUCAGCGAGCGGGUGUUCGAAGCUAUCCAGCGCUCCAGCUGGAUCCACGUGAAGACCAGACGAAUUAUUCACCAAAAGAUGACGUCGCUUACACUCUACCUCCUUUAUCCUUCCUUCGUCGAAAACGAGUUCGCCAUAUCCGCCUUCUAUCAUAUUGUACCGGAUGUGACGAUGGACCACGUUCUGGAGAGUUACCACAAAACCCUGUCGGCGCUCAGCGAACACUAUUGGCAGUGGCUCGUCGAGGACUGGAUCGGCCCAGAGUGGGAAGUGCCGUUUCUGAAGCCGAGCGUCUAUUUUAACCACGACUUUAAGACGUUGGCAAUCCCUUUCGGAAUACUCCAAAGUCCACUGUACUACACAAGCAUCCAACCGCCCGUGGACAUGGCACGUUUCGGCUUCCAAGUGGCACGAGAAAUAAUACGGGCCUUUUUCGUCAGCGGUCCGUUCUAUAAACAUCCAAGAUCCAUCAAGAAGCCGUGGGAUAGAUUAACGCAUACCGAGUUCGGCAACAAACAAAACUGCUUUCUUCACCAGUACGGGCACAUCUACGGGACUCAGAUUAAUUCCUAUGCGAGCAACGUGGAGAAUAUGCUGGAUAACGCAGCUCUUCCUGUGGCCUACCGGGUGUUUCGCAAAAUUAUGCGAAAGAGCCGUUCUCUCGGGGCGACCGACUGGGUUUUUAAAAGCCUGCCGGAAAUAAACUCAGAGCGCAUGUUCUUCCUGGCCUUUGCGACGAUGUUUUGCGACUUGAAGCGGACUCGCGCAAUCAAGAUGCAGCUCACCCAUGGUCCAUUCAGCCCCGGAAACUACAGGGUUAACUUGCCUUUGAUGAACUUCGCGAAGUUUGCCAAAGCCUUCGGCUGCAAUCCUGGCGACGGUAUGAUCGUUGAAGAGCGCUGUCAAGUCUGGGACUGA